AUGGGAAAUUAAUAAGGAUCAGAUUUUGGAGGGGUAUAUAUCAGAACCGAUAAACCUUUCUAUUUCGCAGGAGAAAUCAUUACAGGUAUGGAGUAUCUCAUACAUUAACCUAGGAAACAUCUAUCUCAAUAUAUACAGGGACGGAUAUCCUGGCGGCGUAGUAUUAUUGAAAGUAUCUGGAAAAGAAAAAUGUAAUUGGACGGAAAGUCGAACCCGUAGUACUACUGGCCCUGAUGGUAAGCCAAAGCAAACCACAGAAUAUAUUACCUAUUCAGGUUAAACAUAAUUUUAUUAACAUCGUGUGGCUAUUUGGACCUUUAACACUCCCUGUUUACCUGUUGGGUAGUAUACCUUUCCUUUUCAAUUUUAACUGUUGGCUCAUUUACCAGGAUCUUAUUUUGAGAAGGGAUCCAGCUAUUUAGCUAAAAUUUCUUAUAGUGUCAAAGCUGAAAUUGAAUCUUACAACAAAUCAUAUAAAAGCAUCUAACAUUCAUAACCACUUGUUGUUAGAGAACCACUGAAGUAGAAUAUGGCUGCAUUGAUGGGGGAGAUGGAAGUAAAAGCAUCUACUUGGUGUUGCAUCGACUAAGGAGUAAUUAUCUAAAAUUAUCAUUAGACUUCACAUAUAAAAUGUGUGUUUGAUAAAAAUCAUUAUCUUCCUGGUGACACUGCUUACUUAUGGGCUGAUUUAGAUAAUUCUAAUUGCAAGUUGGACGUCACAAGAAUAGAAGCUCGAUUAAUUAAUUACCUAACCUUAAGGGAUAGAACAGGAAGGGAAAAACUUCUAACAAGAACUAUUGUUUCAUAAUAAAUUCAAGGAAUCAAAGCAGGAGAAAGAGCAGUCGAAAAUGAAAGGAAAUAAAUCUAACUUAUUUUACACAAUAAGAGUUCUCAAGAUGGUAUUCGUCCUUCAUCUAAUGGACAGUUAGUUAGAUCUGUCUACAGAUUAGAAAUUUAAGCAGUUCUAGCUGGUAAAUUCAAAUUGUUUCUAUAGUUUAGGUUGUACUUGUUGUAGCAAGCAUCCUAAAGUAAAUGUCCCAAUUGAAAUCGUUGCACCAGUCCCUUAAAUUUAUAACUAACCAAUAGUUUAACCUUCUAAUUGGAAUCCUUAGGUUUUCCAACCUUAAAUUGUAUAAUUUACAGACAGUACCAUGUAUUUGAAGGAUCAGACCUAAUAAUCAAAUUACAAUUAUCCAUAAGUUCCACAACCACCACCUCCUAAUCAAUUUGGAUAAAUGUAGUAACCAAUGAGUUGA